GGGUAUGAUGAACGAACAGCAGUGUAUGUUUGACGACGCCUAACUUUAACUCCCCCAAUUCGAUCCCUUUUAUUUUUUUUUUGUCUCCUUUCGAUUCCGCCGCGGUUUGGUUCCCCCGAAGAAGCUGCUCCAACAGCAACCGCAGAGAAAACCUAGAAAUAGUCCAUGGUGAUGUACGGACGAGCCCAUAUCAGAAACGGGUCGCAUCCGGACACGGGCUCUAAAUGGGCUCCCUCCGGGCCCGACCCGGAUCUUGAAGAAUCAAUGCAGAGGCUGGGGUUAUGGGGCGGCGGCGAGCGGUACCCGGAAAGGCCCGGGGCCACCCUCUGCGCCUACUACAUGCGGACCGGACUCUGCGGGUACGGUGCCAAGUGUCGGUUCAAUCAUCCUCAUGAUCGUGGCUCGGUUGGGGCAGCGCAAUUUGGAGUAGGGGUAUAUCCCGAGCGACCGGGAGAGCUUACUUGCCAGUUCUAUUUAAGAACCGGAACCUGUAAAUUUGGGGCCUCCUGCAAGUUCCAUCACCCAAGAAAUGCUGCUGGAUCCUUGAUUCGUGUCCCGCUUAAUACUAGUGGAUACCCGUUACGACCGGAGGAAAAAGAAUGCUCCUACUAUUUGAGAAUGGGGCACUGCAAAUACGGUUUAACAUGUAAAUACCAUCACCCUCAACCUGGUUUAUCACCAGGACCGCCAUCAACUGCACGCCCAUUUUAUCCGACCGUGCAGUCUCUUCCCGGACUUCCCACAGAACAGUACGGUGGCACAACUGCUAACUUUCGGGCCACAAGGCCUCCAUUAUUACCCGCUUCAUAUUUGCACAAUGGUUAUGCUCCUGUACUGCUUCAUGGCAUGGUCCCUGUUCCAAAUUGGAGUUAUUCGGGACCAGUUAGCCCUUCUCUUUCUACUGGAGCUCAACCUUCUAACGGGCUAGCAUCUGUUUACGGGAUAUCACAGAUGGUUUCUUCUCCAACUGCCUUUCCAGCACCUUAUUCUCCUUUGCAGGCGGCAUCCGCUGGUCUGUCAAGAAGUGCUCAGAACGAAAAGCGUUUUCCUGAAAGGCCGGGCCAACCUGAGUGUCAGCACUAUAUGAAAACUGGGAAUUGUAAAUUUGGGCCAAUGUGUAGGUAUCACCACCCUCCAGGCUGGAUUGGAUCAAACACCAAUUGUGUUUUCAGUCCUUUUGGGCUUCCUUUGCGUCCGGGCGCGCAACCGUGUUCCUUCUAUCUGCAAAAGGGAGUCUGCAAGUUUGGUCCGAGCUGUAAAUUUGAUCAUCCGAUGCAGAUUAGAGUAUAGUUUGUCCAGUCUUCCUGUCACACCUUCGGUUAACUGGUAAUACCCGCUGCGCUUUGGUUCCUAUUUCUUUGCCAAAGCUGUGCUUCGAUUCGUUUUAUUUCGCAUAUUCAAUUUAAGGUAAGUUCAACGCUUAAACUUAUUCGACGCUAGCCCGAUCCACACCCGAAAUGUGCCUGUUUUAUGUUUUGGGUUUGUAGAGCUAGAGGAAGACUGCUGUUUUUUCUUUCUUUCUUUCUUUUGGGUCGACUCUGAGGUCUAUUUGUGUGUCAUGUGCAUGAAGUUCCACGAAGUAUGCUAAGUAUGCUAGAUUCUCCCUUCUGGGAACUUGAUGUAUUUUUUUUGCUAGGAGUAAUAUUAAAAAGUAGUCAUUAUUAUUGACAAUGUUUUAGUUUGGGGCAUGUAAUGGACUACAUCAAAAUGACAAAUGAAAAUUGAGAAGCCCA